AUGCGGCAUGAAGGAGGGAUACUCGAAAGGACUAUGCACAAAGAACAAAGGGAUGUUCCGCCAAGUAUCAUCACUAAUGCUACUAGUUUUCGACAGACCUGUCGUCGCGCCAUUCAACAGUUUGAUCAUCGUGAAAGCUUAUCCUGCAACUCAACAGAUAGGCUAGCAGACAUAAUGAAGAGACCUGCCGAGGAUGAAGAUCCACCCACCUCUCACAAGCGUUCCAAGGCCGAUGAAGACGAGACUCCACAGGGUAUUACAGAUGAUACUGUAGAUGACGGUUACAAGCUGUGGCACGAUCUAGAAGUGGCGGAAGCCAAUUAUGCGAAAGGCUCUGACUCGGAAGACGAACCAGACGAAGAGGCUGAGGGUCGAGAAGCCUGGGAUCAACUCAGCGCAGAGGAGAAAGCUACAGUUUCUUCAGCCAUCAAAGCGUGGAACACCGCAAAAGCCGAUGAGCAGACGGCGGAGAAGCUGAAGAGACAACACAAGGGCAGCUACGCAGGUGGUCCCCGGGACGACGACGAAUAUGGCGACGAAGACUACGGACGACCUUCCUUCGAGCAAUACAGAAAGAGCGAAGAGAAUUUGCACAAGGCGAGGCAAAAGGUUUGGGACCUCUCCGAGGAACUAUUGAGGUUGCGCGAGGGCAGGAAAUGUAAAUAUGUAGAACAAGAGCUGGAACGAAUGGAUAACUUCGUCAUUACCUGGGAGCACAUCGUCCUCGAACUCCCCGAGUUGGAGAAAGCCGCGAAGCAGAAACUGGAGCAGAGGGAGAGUCGGGCACUAUCAGAGCUUGGAGAACUUGGAGCCGGCUGGGUUGGGAGCUGGGAUCUUGGGGCUGGAGCAUUCGGCAUUGCCACUCUAUCUGUCAAGCAAAACCACGCCGGCCUCAUCAUAGACCGCGUCGUCAUCAAGGACUCCUACUUCCCCGAAAACGACCCAGACACGGACGCCAUCUGGCGCGACCGCGACACCUGGACCAACGGCGCACCACGAAGCGCCACGAACCCCUCCAGCGUCCCAGUAGAAGUCCACGCCCUGUACAGCCUCCGGCGCUGCGCCUCCUCCUCUAUCCUCAAGAUCCGAAACUGGCGCUUCGGUCCCGGUGAACGAUCAUACCGCAUCCUCACCGAAUUCUGCCCCCUCGGCGACCUCGAAGACCUCUUUAGAGAUGUAGGCUACAGCUCCCUCCGCCGCGACAAUGAGCCUGAAACAGAUCACUCUCGCUCCCUAAAACUCCUCCCCGAGCCCUUCCUCUGGUGUCUCUUCCACAACCUCUGCACGGCUGGAAUCCUCAUGGACCGCGGCGAACUGUACCGCAAUCCUAUCCUGCCCUGGGAGAAAAUCGUGCACCGCGACAUCAAACCCAAUAACGUUUUCCUGGCCCUGCCUUCGUCCUCGUCCUCUGUGUACAAAGGCUAUCCAGUCCCCAAACUAGGCGAUUGGGGCCUUGCGUACCUCUGUCCAGGUGGGCCCACCUCUACCUGUAACCCGCUCGCCUUCGCAGCUCGGGGUACAGAAGGAUACAAAGCGCCCGAACAAAACCGCAUGGGGACGAUUCGACCACUCAGCUCAAAGACGAAUGUCUGGGCAGUGGGAGCGGUGCUGUAUACCAUGCUAGCUGCGAGCGCUCCAAAGCGCUCCUCAAACCUGAGUGAUACGGAUGGAGCCUUCGAUGUCACCGCGGAGAAGAAAUACAGUCAAGAGCUCCGCGGUUUAGUUCUGACAUGUCUACGAAGCGAGCCAGAUCAGCGGCCGAGUUUCGAUUUUUUGCUUAAGAAGAUAAGACGAUAUACAGCUCCUGGCUCGAAGGAUAAAGCGGGAGAUUUGCGUGAUGCGUCUGUUAAUCGUGGUGCGUUUACGGGGAAGUUUGAGUUGGAUCAUGGGAAAAACGAUAUGUGGGCGUUGGGUUCCAGGUUGAGGGAUAAGGAGCUGCCCGAGAAUUUGGAUGAGUUUCCGAGUCCGCCGGAGAUGGGCGAGCAUUCUUCAGAGGAAGAGGAGGAAGAGGAUGAUCUUAGUGGUGCGCCGGGGUCGAUGAUUAAGGACCCGAGGGAAUAA